GGGACAGGCUGCUCGGACGUUCAGCGCUGCUGCCCAGCUGGCCCUGGGGUCCCAGGGCCAAGAAUGGAGAGCUGGCCCAGAGCCCAGAAGGUGGGGGCCACCCCAGUGGGCAGCCGGGGUAGAGGCCACGUGUGCCAGGCCUGUAAACCCCACCCUGUGCCAGCCGAGAGCCGGUGCUGACCAGAAAUGGAGAACUUCCAGUACAGCGUCCACUUGAGCGAGCAGGACUGGGCUGAGUUCUCGGCCACAGCCGAGGAGUGUGACCUCCUGCAGGCCAGCCUGGCCUCCGGGGACGAGCUCCUGUCCAGUGACAUUGACCAAGGGGACAGCAGUGGCAGUAGUCCCCCUGGGCCUCCACCUCAUGUCAAGGGGCCAUCUACUCCUGGGGGGAGGGGCUGGCCCGGCUUCGAGGAAGAGGACAAGGCGGUCACCCGACAGCUGGUCAGCAGUUCUUGGCGUGAGCCUGGCCUGGCCCUGGGGGCCAGUCAGCAGACGCCGAGCACGUCCACACAGUCGGAAGUUUGGCUGUCCCUCGGCUCUAGCCAGAACUCGUCCUCCCUUGGGUCUUCCAGAUCCGAGAUGCAGCGACUCUUGCAGGGACCAGCCUCCCGGGGUCCUGCCCUCAGCCCCCCUGAAGGGACUUCUCAGAGCUCAGAGGCCCCCGCCGGCAGCGCCACGCCCCAGGGGCACCCCAGCAGCCCUGGAGCCCCUACACGCAACCCCAGCCGAAAGAAGAGGCGCUCUGCAGGCACCAAGGCCGGAGGGCGCUCGGGAUCCACUCCCACCCAGUCCACCUCCCCUCUGGGGGCCAACACCAAGUCCAGGAGUCCAGGGCCUGGGGAGGGACCCUUGGCUCCGGUUGGAACGCGGACCCCAGGCACCAGGCAGGAAAAGCCAUGGCAAGACUCUGCAGAGGCCCCUGAGCAGAUGGCCACACAGGGUUUGGAUCUGUCUACACCUGCCUCUCCGACCAAGCAAGGUCAAGAUGGACUCAGAAUGACCUCUGGGGCCCAGUCACAUGCAAAAUCCUCACCUGCCCAGGAGGGUCGUCUGGAUAACUCAGUGGCUAAGUUAGACACACCUCCGUCUACACCUGCCUCCAAGCCUCAGCCUGAUAUGCCUCUGUCUACAUCUGCCUCCAAACCUCAGCCCAACACGUCUCCAUCGACACCCGCCUCCAAGACUCAGCCUGAUAUGCUUCCAUCCAUACCUGCCUCCAAGCCUCAGCCCGACACACCUCCGUCUACACCUGCUUCCAAGCCUCAGCCUAAUACACCUCUGUCUACACCCGCCUCCAAGCCUCAGCCUGAUAUGCCUCUGUCUACAUCUGCCUCCAGACCUCAGCCCAACACGUCUCCGUCUACACCCGCCUCCAAGCCACAGCCCGACACACCUCCGUCUACGCCUGCUUCCAAGCCUCAGCCUAAUACACCUCUGUCUACACCUGCCUCCAAGCCUCAGCCUGAUACACCUCUGCCUACACCCACCUCCAAGCCUCAGCCUGAUAUGCCUCUGUCUACACUCGCCUCCAAGCCUCAGCCUGAUAUGCCUCUGUCUACAUCCACCUCCAAGCCUGAGCCUGAUAUGCCUCUGUCUACAUCUGCCUCCAAACCUCAGCCCAACACGUCUCCGUCUACACCCGCCUCCAAGCCACAGCCCGACACACCUCCGUCUAUGCCUGCUUCCAAGCAUCAGCCUAAUACACCUCUGCCUACACCCACCUCCAAGCCUCAGCCUGAUAUGCCUCUGUCUACACCCGCCUCCAAGCCUCAGCCUCAUAUGCCUCUGUCUACAUCCACCUCCAAGCCUGAGCCUGAUAUGCCUCUGUCUACAUCUGCCUCCAAACCUCAGCCCGACACGUCUCCGUCUACACCCGCCUCCAAGCCACAGCCCGACACACCUCCGUCUACGCCUGCUUCCAAGCCUCAGCCUGAUACACCUCUGCCUACACCCGCCUCCAAGCCUCAGCCUGAUAUGCCUCUGUCUACACCCGCCUCCAAGCCUCAGCCUGAUAUGCCUCUGUCUACAUCCACCUCCAAGCCUGAGCCUGAUAUGCCUCUGUCUACAUCUGCCUCCAAACCUCAGCCCGACACGUCUCCGUCUACACCCGCCUCCAAGCCACAGCCCGACACACCUCCGUCUAUGCCUGCUUCCAAGCCUCAGCCUAAUACACCUCUGCCUACACCCACCUCCAAGCCUCAGCCUGAUAUGCCUCUGUCUACACCCGCCUCCAAGCCUCAGCCUGAUACACCUCUGUCUACAUCUGCCUCCAAACCUCAGCCCAACACAUCUCCGUCUACACCCGCCUCCAAGACUCAGCCCAACACACCUCCGUCUACACCUGCCUCCAAGCCCCAGCCUGAUACGCCUCCAUCCACACCUGCCUCCAAGCCUCAGCCUGAUACACCUCUGUCUACACCCACCUCCAAGCCUCAGCCCGACACACCUCUGUCUACGCCUGCCUCCAAGCCUCAGCCUGAUAUGCCUCUGUCUACACCCGCCUCUAAGCCUCACCUCAACACACCUCCGUCUACACCUGCCUCCAAGCCUCAACCUGACACAUCUCUGUCUACACUCUCCUCCAAGAUUCAACUUGAUACACCUUUGUCUACACUUGCCUCUGUGCCUCAGCCUAACAUGCCUCUGUCUAUACCUGCCUCUGAGGUUCAACCCGAUAUGCCUCUGUCUACACCCUCCUCCAAGAUUCAACCUGACACACCUCUCUGUACACUUGCCUCUAAGCCUCAACUCAACACAGCUUCGUCUACACCUGCCUCCAAGCCUCAGCCCGACACACCUAUGUGUACACCCGCUUCCAGGUCUCAGCUCAGCACUCCUCUGGCUACACUCGUCUCCAGGCCUAGACUGGAUACGGACUUGGGUACACCCAACACAGAGGCGGAAGCGGAGGUGGACUCAGCUGCCUUUGCCUCCAAGGCUGCCCCACCUGCAGCUCAGUCUGCUGUGGGCCUGCCCGCACCUGCCCCCGCUCCCCAGAGUGGGCCUUCUGCGCUGGGCAUGGAAACUGCCCCCAAGAACAAGCCGGGUCUGAGCCCUGCUGUGGCUUCAGGGUGGCCCCAAGAAAAUCCCAAAGGGGAAUCCCCAGAAGGCACCCCUGCUGGUCCUGCCCCAGCCCCCAAGAGGAAGAAAGUGCGAUUCUCCAUGCCGACUUCCUGCCCUGAGGAACCAGACUCGGGGGCAAACUUGGCACCUCCCUCACCUGCUACAACCUGGCCCUCAGCCCUCAGGACAGUGGCCGGGGGUUGCGGGGGGCCUGGAGCCUGGGAUGCUGUGGCCGUUGGGCCUCGGCUCCCUCAGCCUCGGAUCCUUAAGCGCUUGCCUCCCCCUGCCCCCUCUGCUUCAGCGGGGUCUGGACCUCGGAGCUCCUUUGUGGUGACCCUCCCUGAAGCCUAUGAGUUUUUUUUCUGUGACACCAUUGAGGAGGAGGAAGAAGAGGCCGAGGAGGCCACAGAGAUCCCCACUGAAGUUCAGUGGCCGGAUGUGUGUGAGUUCUUCUUCAGAGACAGACGAGCCCAGAGGGCAGGGCUCAGAGGGGGCACCCAAGCCCCGGCACCCGGGAAGGAGCCUGAGCCCAUCACUACCCCGGAGGCCUGUGAGCGCUUCCACGGAGAGAAUCAGCCAAGGAGCGCAUUGGAGCCGGGAGUCCUCCAGCUGCAGGCCACAGGCAAAGAGUCGCCCCCUGAGGCACUGUCCCGGAAAGUGGGGCCUGGCUGCUCCCAGGAACCCCAAAGUGCUGCCACUGAACAGCUCCAGCUGGCACUCAGGCAAACAGGGGAAUCCUGGGAUCCUCUCACUUCAUUUAACUUCAGCCAGAAAGACAUGUGCCUGGUGUUUGUAGCCUUUGCCUCCUGGGCCGUGAGGACGUCAGAUCUGCACAACCCUGACGCUUGGAAAACAGUCCUGCUGGCCAACAUCGGCACCGUCUCGGCCAUCCGUUACUUCCGCCGGCACGUGGGGCGAAGGCAUCGCAGCCCCAGCCGAAGCAGGAGCCCCAGCCCCAGCUCCUAGGAGGGUCCUUGUCCAGCGCAGGGUGAUGUGGGACAAUGGAGCAGACACUGGUGCUCAGGACAGCCCUGCCACCUGUUCUGCCCCGCACCCUGCUUCCUGCAACAUCGUGGACGGAGCCAGCCUCGCGCUGACUGUCUUGGGCUCACUUGAGUUGUCCAGACAGCGGCUGCCGAGGCCGAGUCUGCAGAGCACAGCGAGGAAGGGGAAGUGAGAGUCUGACGGGUAGGUGGGAGCAGGUGCUGGUGGGAGGGAGGCCCCGCAGCCAGCCACGUGGCGCUGGGAAUGGAGGCACUUUCUCCAGUGAACUGCUGGGGUGUGGCUAACUGGGUUCCUGGUUAGCUGGGGAGGAGAGGCAGAGAAGGAUGUCGGAAGGCAGAGAGGCCCCGAGAACCUGGGCUGGGGCCGAAGAAAGGGUGGGCAGGGUGGGUGCGGGGUUCCUGCCUCUGAGGCAGUGGGCUGCAAUGUGGGGAGCUGUCGGACAGUCGCAAGGCCCUCAUCUGGGAAAGCUAAGUGAGGUGCGAGGCAGAACAAAGCAGGCUAGUCAGAACGGAGCCAGGGGCUGGCGGGAGGGGGCUUCCCGGCUGGCUGCGGGCAGGCAUUCAGCCCGGGGCAGCAGGCGCUCGGUCCUGAGCACAGUGGACACACACACCAAUAAACUUUUGCUGUCA